GGCAAGGACUCAGGAUUAUUCCUUGUGCCGGGCAGCGUGAAAACAGAAAUCCCGAGCAGUUUUCGGCUUUUUUUUGCUGGCCCUGUUUUGCAUCUUUCAUUGCAUUUGAAUUGGAUUCGUAACGGUGCGGACGGACUCCUGAACCGGUGGCCGAUUGGCGUAGGCUACACCCAUCAUCAUGUUUUCCUCAGCAAACACUGUGAUCACACUGUGUCGCACUUUACUGCCACAUCCAUGGAGCACCACUAUUAUCCCGGUACGAUCGAAGAACUACCUUAAUCGACCCCGGCUCCGGAAUCCGGUUUGGUUCGUGAAGAAAACGCGCACACUACACAAUGAACAGUUCACCGAGGACAACAGUGCGUUUCUGAACGAAAUGAAACGAGAGACGAUACUCAAGGCGGCCAACCGUAGCCAAUCGAACCUGGUGAAGCUGGCGAACGAGGACCAGUUGGCCGAGUGGAGCCCGGGUCUCAAGCGUACCGGAGUGAUUGCGAAAAAGAUCGGCCAGUACCCAAUGUGGACGAAAAAUGGUCAGAAAAUAAGAACCACACUGCUGCAGAUUAUCGACAACGAAGUGGUGAAGUAUAUACCGCCGGAAGAUUACCGACCGGCCCAGGAACCACGUCAAAGUCGCAAUUGGCGCAAACCGUAUGGCUGCCUGCUGGUGGGCGCCGAACACGGCGACCCGUCGCUCUUCACCAAGGAUUACGCGGGUCUUUUCGCCCAUUCGGGCGUGCUGCCGAAGAAACAUCUCUGCCGGUUCCUGAUCUCGCCCGAGGCGCAGCUUCCACCCGGUACGGCGCUCACGGUGAACCACUUUCGCGUCGGCGAUUUCGUGGACGUGCGCGGUCUUACGGUGGACCGUGGAUUUCAGGGUGUCGUAAAGCGGCACGGUUUCAAGGGCAUGCCAAAGUCGCACGGUGUCACCAAGACGCACCGACGUCCGGGCAACAUUGGAGCGGGCGGCGGAAAGGCGCGUGUCUGGCCCGGCACCAAGAUGCCGGGACACAUGGGCAACCGGUGGCGUGUGCUGCGCGGUUUGCAGAUCCUGCGCAUCAACCCCCAGUAUAACGUGCUCUGGGUGAUGGGUAGCAACAUUGCCGGCAGCACGAACGGCAUCGUGUACAUCUACGACACGAUACUGCCACUGCGAAAGCAUGGUGCGAAGGGAGCUCCGGCCGGUCCACCCCCAUUUCCUACCGCCCUCGAACCGUCGGCCGACCCGGGAGACGUUUGGCUGGAAGAUCUGCACGACUUCCGCAAACUAUCGAUUACGUACAGCAGUAGCGAGUAGGAAUAACAUCUGUUUAACAACCAUGGUGCAGCGAAGCAAAUUUAGAAUAAAUCACAAAAUUCAUUAUUAAACAACAAA